AUGCCGCCCCUCCAGCCUCACGGGCUGCCGGUGCCGUGCCGCGCGCGGCCAGGGGGUGGCACACGCGGUCCCGGGUCCGCUUGCCGCGCACGGGGUUGCGCAGCAUCAGCAUGUCCCUGUUGCUCGUUAAAGGCGGAUGACGAGCACUACAUCCCGCGAGCCGUGCUCCUGGACCUGGAGCCCCGCGUCAUCCACUCCAUCCUCAACUCCCCCUACGCCAACCUCUACAACCCCGAAAACAUCUACCUGUCCGAGCACGGCGGCGGAGCCGGCAACAACUGGGCCAGUGGCUUCUCGCAGGGAGAAAAAAUCCACGAAGAUAUUUUUGACAUAAUAGACAGAGAAGCUGAUGGGAGUGACAGUUUGGAAGGAUUUGUGCUCUGCCACUCCAUUGCUGGCGGAACGGGCUCCGGGCUGGGCUCCUACCUCCUGGAGCGGCUGAAUGACAGGUAUCCCAAGAAGCUGGUGGAGACCUACUCGGUUUUCCCAAACCAGGACGAGAUGAGCGACGUCGUGGUGCAGCCGUACAACUCCCUGCUGACGCUCAAGCGGCUCACGCAGAACGCGGACUGCGUGGUGGUUCUAGACAACACGGCCUUGAAUCGGAUCGCGACAGACAGGCUGCACAUUCAAAACCCGUCCUUCUCCCAGAUUAACCAAUUGGUUUCCACCAUCAUGUCAGCCAGCACCACCACGCUCAGGUACCCCGGCUACAUGAACAACGACCUCAUCGGGCUGAUCGCCUCGCUCAUCCCCACCCCGCGCCUGCACUUCCUCAUGACGGGCUACACCCCGCUCACCACGGACCAGUCGGUGGCCAGCGUGAGGAAAACCACCGUCCUGGACGUCAUGCGGAGGCUGCUGCAGCCCAAGAACGUGAUGGUGUCCACGGGGCGCGACAGGCAGACCAACCACUGCUACAUCGCCAUCCUCAACAUCAUCCAGGGCGAGGUGGAUCCCACGCAGGUCCACAAGAGUCUGCAGCGAAUCCGUGAGAGGAAACUGGCAAACUUCAUUCCCUGGGGCCCUGCCAGCAUCCAGGUGGCUUUGUCCCGCAAGUCCCCCUACCUGCCCUCGGCGCACCGUGUCAGCGGCCUCAUGAUGGCAAACCACACCAACAUUUCCUCGCUCUUCGAGCGGACGUGCCGGCAGUACGACAAGCUGCGCAAGCGGGAGGCCUUCCUGGAGCAGUUCCGCAAGGAGGACAUCUUCAAGGACAACUUCGACGAGCUGGACAACUCCCGGGAGAUCGUGCAGCAGCUCAUCGACGAGUACCACGCGGCCACGAGGCCCGACUACAUCUCGUGGGGCACGCAGGAACAGUGA